AUGGGGCCGGGAGCGGAUCGUUUAUUGGGAAAACGGGCCUCGGCCCGUGUACGGCAUUCGGAUUUUCGGGCCUCGGGGAUGGGUUCUCCGGCCGGGGCCUGGGUUUCGCGGGAGGGGGUCGCGGUGGCGGAGCUAGGGGAAGGUUUGGAUUUGAUGGUGGCGGAGGGUUUAUCGGCGGAGGCGGAGGAGGAGCCCCAGCCGGAGUUCCGAUGGUGGGUGUGGGCGGAGGAGGAGGAUGGAGGGGGUUUGGGAAGGUUGCCGCCGCCCAUUGGGUCGGCUGUGCCGGAGGCUGCUCUUCUGCCCCAUGGCUUGUCCCCGCCUGCAUCUCACACUUAUCUUUCUCCAUCCAUAUAUUAUGAGGUUUCGGCAUUUGAAGAAAUGAACACGAGUGGGCUGAGACUUCGCGUCUCCAUUGCAUGA